AUGCGCGACGCGCCUCGAUCUGCGAUUGCCCACUUCCCUCGCCCGACCUCGCCCUUGUAUCCCGUCUUGAUCCGCCGCUUGCCCCUCAAUACCUCGAAGGACUCGGUGCGACUCAUGGCUGUCUUCUCCCAACAACUAGUAGAUAUCGAGCUACUCCCCCACGAUCAGUCCAAGGAUCCCGGCUUCAUCUCAGCAGUCUUGCAAUUCCGAUCCGCAGGGGGUGCAUACGAAGCGCAGAAGAUGCUACAUGGGCGCACAGUCGCCGAAGAUGCCGAGUUGAUUGUUGAGCUACUGCCUUCGAAUAGCCCAGGGUCUUCACGACAAUAUUCAACCGAGACGUCUUCAAAUGCCUCGACUUUGACGCCAUCUGCUACCCCAUCCUCUUCAACAUCCGGACCUAGGCAACUUUCGCGCAUCAACGGUGUCUUUUCCCCAGCCGAGACCCUCCCACCUCCGCCGAAUGGCAUAUAUACUGGGCACGAACUGCCAAACCCAGACACGAGCAUCGUUUACCAGAACCUCUUCUCUCCCCAAUCGCCAAUCGGCAACCAUGUUACGGAGCGCGGCCGGAUAUCAGGAAAGACGCUAAUUGCCAACGAUUCUGGUGACGACGAGGAUACAAACGUUAUCUUGAAGGACCCCAUUGCUUACGCCGAGUACACUGAUGGGCCAAGGAGAAAAACAGACCCGGCUAUUCCUGUCCAAGCCAUGAGUGGACUUUCGAUCAACACCAAGAACACGACACCAUCGGGACCAUCGUCUCUGCCUCCGCAUAUGGGUGUCAUGUCACCACAGUCGUUUCAAACCAUGAGCCCACCACAGCAUAGGCCGCACUUCCCACCAGUCAAUCCCGCCGAUCAGAAUCCCCCUUGCAAUACUCUUUACGUUGGCAACCUCCCUGCCGACACCUCAGAAGAAGAGCUUAAGGCCCUCUUCAUUAAGCAACGUGGAUACAAACGUCUCUGUUUCCGUACCAAGGCGAACGGGCCAAUGUGUUUCGUCGAGUUUGAAGAGGUAUCGUUCGCCACCAAAGCGUUGCACGAUCUCUAUGGGCACCCACUCCACAACAGCACCAAGGGUGGAAUUCGAUUGAGCUUUUCCAAAAACCCCCUCGGUGUGCGAUCAAACCCGAAUCCUAAUCACGUAAACGGUGGUGCACCAGGCGGAAUGAACGCAGCCAUGUCUGCUUCAGUCAACGGCUUCGCAACAGCUCACAGGCCUCCUCCGGGACUCGCUGCUCCCCCCGGUCUAGGGGGCGGCCGUCAGCAGCAUUAUGGGCCAGGGGGCUCACAGGGGGGCCCCCAAGGCGCAGGAUUUCCGAACUCGGGCAAUUUCAACCGCAAUGCCACGAUGUAUGCGUACAAUGGCCAUGCUGGUGGUCAGCCCAACGGACUCAACGGGGCGAACCCGAUGUAUUCAUACAAUGGCCAUGUUGGUAUCGAGUCCAGCGGUAUGAACCAUGUCAACGGGGUCAACCCGAUAUAUGGGUACAACGGCUAUGAGCCCAGAGCCGUCAACGGAGCCAACUCGAUGUAUGGGUACAACGGUCACUCUAGCCCAGAUCUGAGCAAUCUCAACUCCGUCAACGGUACCAACUCGAUCUAUGGGUUCAGCAACGGUCAAUCUGGCGCCGACGUCAGCGACGUCAGCCUAAUCAAUGGUGUCAACGGCUCAAAGUCGGCCAUGCUGGCCAAAAUGUCGCAUCCAUUCAACCCGAGAAGGUAG